UUACAUCCUAUAAUAAUUUAUAAUGGGUCUAUAUAAAAUAAUAAUAUGAAAAAUAUCAGCAGAUAGCCAAGAAGCUCGGGCCACCCCGUUCCAGUGGUCCCGACUGGCCAAGCUAUAGGCAAAGAUUUGUGUGACUUGGAAAGAUUGGAACUUGGUGUUUGUUGGGCCGUAGUCACCUGUCCUUUGAGUGGCAGACGAUCUCAUGUUCUGGCGGACCGACCUGACCUAACGCGUACAUUGAAUCAAGGAACCUGUGACUAUCCUACUGCAGUGUACUGCGUUAUAUCUCGGGCCAUCCUCCCAGGGCCGUUGCACCCUUCCAUUUUCCCUUUUGCUUCUCUCCACUUUGGAACACCAUGAGCUGCAGCUUUCGUCGGUUACCGCUCGAGCUGCUGUAUGAAAUUUUCUACCACCUUUCAGUAUCGUCCGAUCUCGACCCUUUAGACGGAUGUGCAGCAAUAUUGAACGCAGGCUACGUCAACCGUUCCUGGAUGUACGUUGCGUUUCGAUAUCUUAACAGCAAGGACGCUCAGUACUUGGUGAAACUGCUCAAUUGGAAAACCCCUCUGCGUCAAUACCGUCAUCGAGCGAGAGCUGUGAAGUUCCUCCGAGCCGUUCAUCGAUCAGGAUUCUCGGAGAAGAUAAACAUCACGAGCUUUACGCUGGAUUUCCAUUCGAUUGUGAGUGCUAAAGACAGUGCGGCGGACGAUAUACAAACGGUGCUCAAGCUUUGCCACAUAAAACGCUUGGAAAUUAUUUUCGAUGCCGAUUUUGGAAAAUCCAAGGACUGUAUAAACCAGUUCCUACGUGACAUCGAGGUACCGUGUCCACCUGACGUGGUGCACUUUUCAGCCUACUGUCCGCAACGACGAUGCCAGUGCUGUUGUGCGAAAGGCUACGACCAUCAAAUAGCGAGCUUUAUAAAAUCAUUGAAAGUCACAUCCCUCGUCCUGCAACAGAUGCAACCUGGCAGUGCCACGCUCGCUGCCUUAAGGAAUACGCGAGACCUGGCUCUGGAUCGUUGUGCCGAUUCUAGUUUCAUAGCCCACAUCCUCCAACAAAUGCCGUACUUGAAAACCGUACGAUUAUACCAAGAUGAUCUGUCUGCCCUGUCGUCCAAGUUUCUCGCUCGGUUGGCCGCCAAUACUGGGUAUAUAAAGGAUUUCCGAAUCCGGCUGGUCAAUAACAACUGGAACGAUGAACUAGGGGAGAACUCGUUAGCGGUUAUGGCCAGAAUCCAACAACAGAUACCUGACAUACGCCGAAGUAGCGACGAUGAUUUUACAGAGCUCGACCUUGACCGAUUCCUCAUGGAAACGGGAAUUCGAAGGAACGGUUAUGAGCUUAUCCUCUCACCAACGCCUUGUCCGGCAUGAGGCGCGUUGGUUUAAAAAGCAUAUGGUUAUUUACAAGUUUUUAUUUUUAUUUUUUGCAUGCCACAUAGUAUACAUCAUUGUAAGUGAUCAAAUUCACACUUCGCUCCUUCCACCAAAUUAUUUUUCCUUUCAUCGUCUUGAUCUUGUUGGUUUCUUAGCGAUCUCCUUUGCUUCUUCACUAAUCAAAGCAUACUGCACACAUAAAACCAGGCCAUCAUUCCUUCGUGCACAUAGCUAAAGGGGGUAUAAAGUUAGGUCCACUGCGCAAUGUGACGUAACGUCAU